AUGUCGUCUUCUUCUCAGCUUCCAUACACCUGCAACACCUGCCUUGUUGCAUUCCACCGCAGCGAUGGACAGAGAGAGCACAUGCGCAACGACUGGCACUUGUACAACAUGAAGCGCCGUGUCGCUUCCCUCCCUCCUGUGUCCUUGGAAACCUUCAACGAGAAAGUCCUUGCUGCCAAGGCCACCUCUAGCGAGGCCGCCGCCAAGGCCUCGUUCGAAAAGACCUGUCAGGCCUGCCAGAAGACUUUCUUCAGCGAGAACUCCUACCAGAACCACAUCAAGAGCGCCAAGCAUAAGCAACGUGAAGCCCGCCUGAACAAGGAAGGUGACGAUGCUUCUGUCAUGAGUUCCACCUUCUCGUUUGGAGAACCCGUCAACAAGGAGGACGAUGUGUCCAAGGUCACCGACGGUCUGAAGACUGCCACCAUCGAGGAACAGGCUGAGGACGCAAGUGACGAAAAAGACGAAUUCUCCACAGUCCGCUGUCUGUUCUGCCGCGAGGAUUCAUCCGACAUCGAAGCCAACGUUGAGCACAUGUACAAGACCCAUGGCAUGUUCAUCCCUGAGAGAGCGUAUCUGGCGGACCUGGAAGGUCUCAUUCACUACCUCUACCGCAAGAUCACGGAAAACUUUGAAUGUCUCUAUUGCCACGCUAUCCGAAACAACGCCGCUGGUAUCCGGACCCAUAUGCGCGAUAAGGGCCACUGCAUGAUUGCCUUCGAGUCCGAGGAGGAACAGAUCGAGAUUGGCCAGCACUACGACUUCCGGAGCUCGUACUCCGACGAUGAAGAAGAAGAGAAAUCUACACCGGAAAGCGGUGGUGUUAAGAUUAAAACUUCCGACGACGAUGCUGAUGAAGGCUGGGAAACCGAUGCCUCAUCUGUGGACGAAGACGACGACGAGUUCGACUCGCGUCGUAAAGCUCCGGUCAUCUACCAGACCGAGUAUGAACUCCACCUUCCCUCUGGCCGCACCGUCGGCCACCGUUCUCUUGCCAAGUACUUCCGUCAGAACUUGCACAACUACCCCACUGCCGAGGAGCGAGCUACCCGCCAGCUUGCCAUCGAGAAUGGAGAAAUUGAAGAGGAAGAAAAGCCGCGCGGCCGCAACGCCAACCGCACUCUCAUUUCUCGUGCGAACGGUGGUAUGGGUAUGGUUGGCGCCACUGAUACUCAAAAGCAAGCCGUUACCGUCGAGGAACGCCGCGAGAGGACUCGAGCCAUUCGACAGGAGCUUCGCUAUACGGCCCGCGUCCAGAAAGCUGCCAACAGCCAGAAGCACUUCCGCGACCCUCUCCUGCAAUAA